AUGGACCCGGAAGAGCGUACAAGUGAAAACUUGCCGUCACUGAUCAGCAGAACAGAUAAUACAAGCGUUUCUUCCGUAGCAGGGAACGAUUCUUCUUCUAGCAAAUCUGAUUCCAACCCAUUUUUAUUACCCUACAUAGAGGAGGAGCUAGACGAGUCUCACAUUCAACGCAUCAAAUCCAAGUUCCGAUCUUACGAGGAAUUGAAGGCUGAUUUUCAAAAGAUCAACGCUCAAGUGAAGAUGGACUUCGAAAUCCUAAUGGAAAUAAUGGAAUCGCUUAAUAAGUCUGAUAUUCCCGAUGAACGGCUUCCAUUUCUUUUGGAGGACUUAUCGUACUUGUUGCACCAGGUACGAUUUCUCUUCAUUUUACUAAAUUCCGAUCAGGUUGAUAAUGGUCGACUGUUCUCCGAGAACGAGGGUUUCAACUUACUGCGGAGAUUUAUGACACAUCCAAAUAUUACCAUUCAAAAGCAAGUGCUCUCCACGAUGAGUGCUGCUAUUCAAGGGAACUCCGAUGUUAAAAUUGUCGCACUACAAUCUGGGCUGUUGGACAUGCUCUGCCUCAAACUGAGAAACUGUACCGAUUCUACAUAUCCUCCAGAUGAAUCUGUCACCCUGAUAGCGAGUGUUUUAACUACGCUGAGUGCUUUGCUGCGAGACUUUCCGUCUGCUCAGAAGUAUUUCUUUUCUACGGACCGUGCCAUACAACCGUUACAGGCUGGCUUCGAUUUGCUGGCAACGUUGUUUGAUUACAAGGUGGACGGGGAGGAAUUACGAAACAAAAUGUCACGCAUACGUAUUCAACUUCAUCUCUUCGUCUCGGACUUGGUUUUGGAAAGGACUAACGCAAAACAAAGGGCUUCUUUGCCAUCAGAACAACAUAACAAACGACUGGUGAAAUUGUAUUCCGAAACCGAAUUCGAAACCGCCCUGGUACGUUCCGGAUGGUGUGACCGGCUAUAUCACUCCUUGUUGCAUGAUAUGCCCAAGGGAGUUUCUGCUGACCGCGUAAACACUGUUUCCACUCAUGGACCACGUCAGGAACUGCUCUCUGCCACGCUUCAUUUGCACCCAUUUUGUGACAAGGUGCAACCGGAGGUGUACUCGUUACUUCAAGAAUUCGAACAGGAGUAUGCUGCGUACUUAGCCCUUCCAGAAAACAAGAAUGACUUGUUUUACCAAGACAUGCUGAACCUUGUAGUGGGAGUCCGUAAACUAUUUGAUGAAUCCCUUGCCUCCAGACGGGCCGCUGAUGAGCUUUGAUGUGCUUUCUGUCACCUGGGGAGCUAAUUUUACUGAAAUUGGCUGCAAUAUUUUGUACAGCGUUUUAU